AACUCAAUGAUUUGCUGCCAGCGUCGUCAUUAAUAUACCAUCAUUUGAAGUGUCUUUGCACAUCUAGUUCUAGUUGUUGGUGUCGGCCUCUGAACGAUCUUGUUGUCGAUCUUGCUUUGCUGUCUACACCUUGUCUUGAUCUGUGAGCUCUCAGUCCAAAGACUUCCGAUAUGCCUGCAUCACUAGAAAUCCAGCUUCAGAACCAGACCUCCUCAAGCGAGGUUUACGCCUACAUCACCGGGCUGGCAUUACAAAAGAAUAAUGCCCGCGUUCUCCUCAAGGCCGACGGCCAAGAUCUCUACUACCCAGAGGAGCCGCGCAAGAUCCUCAGCCCGCUCACGGAGGACUGCGCCAUUCCCUUGGGCCCGCCAGGGAACACGGUGACUGUCAAAAUUCCCCAGAUGGCCGGUGGCCGCAUUUGGUUCAGCCGGGAGGGCAAGCUUACCUUCCUCUUAAACCCACCGGGGCCUGCUCUGGUCGAGCCAUCGGUCCUCAACCCCAGCGACCCAAAUCGGAACGUCGACUUUUCAUUUGCCGAGUUCACCCUCAACAACGACCAGCUGUUUGCCAACAUCAGCUACGUCGACUUUGUGCCCCGCCUACCCAUCGCCCUCACCCUGCAGGACGGCAACGGCGUGCAACACGUGUCAGGGAUGCCGAGCGACGGGCUCGAAAAGGUCUGCGAGGGCCUCCGCGCCCAAAAGGAAAGGGACGGGAAGCCGUGGGACAAGCUCAUUGUGUCGAACAAGGGCCGGCCCCUGCGUGCUCUGAGCCCGAUGCACGGAAACGCGGUGCGCGCAAAUUUUAGCGGCUACUUUGAGCCGCUCGUGGAGGAAGCGUGGAAAAAGUACCACUGUAACAGCAACUGCCAGAUGAAGAUCAACACUCAGGCUGCGCACGGUGUUCUGCCGGGGGCGAUCGCCGAGUCGGACGAGUUGGAUGUUGGAGGUGAAAAGUUCAAGAAGCCCACGACGGCAGACAUUCUAGGCUGCAACAGCGGGCCCUUUACGACGGGACCGUCGCCAAAGCGCAACGCCAUCAUUCCAAGGCUGGCUGCUGCGUUUGCGCGGGCGGCGGUCCUGGACGCCGAGCACCACCCCUCUGACCCAAGCACUUUUUACAAGAGGGAUCCGGCGAACCACUAUGCACGUAUUGUUCACGAGGUGAAUUUGGAUGGAAAGGGUUAUGCUUUUGCCUAUGAUGAUGUGCAGCCUGAUGGAGGGGCAGAUCAGUCGGGCAAGGUUAACGCAGGUUCUCCAUCUUUGUUCAUUGUGAGCGUAGGAGGCGAGAAUGCAUAUGCUGGAGACAGGCUACCGUAGAUGGGAUGAGGCAGUUUAUUUGAUCAGCAAUGCUUGCACUGUUGCCGAAGUUUGCUAUUAUGUUGGUGGUAGUUGUGGAGGUGGAAUCCCAAGAUUUAUAUGUGAAUGAAAUUCAUUAUUAGAUUCCGCAGCUGAUGCAGCUCAUCCUGGUCUUGCAAUGCUCACCGGUUGAUAAAGACAGGAUGUUUAGCAUACCGUAGUUAAGUGAAGUUAUAAACGAAUACUUAUAUUUAUACUUGGU